AUGAAGUUUGCCAUCUGUCUUUUACUCACUAUCUUUGCUGACGUUGAAGCAAGACUAAUACCUAACAAUGGGAGAUCACCAGUAUUUCGAAUCGAUUCUGCCAUAGAUGGAAUUGAUUCAGGUUGGCAAGUGGGGUCCACGAUAGCAACUGACAAAGGCAAUUUUAUUUUCUUCUCAUCUGCUGAGGAAUUACCCAAGCUCAUUCCCAAUUAUGCUGGUACGGAUUCCAUGCUAGUUAAUACCGAUACAGGCUUCGUUAUCACAGAUAUAAAAAAUUCAGAGACUGCUAAUUCCCAGUCAUGGAACCAAUGGCAACUAGCUAAAUCUGGGCACUGGUGGUCUCGAUGGUACCCAAUUUCCCCUUGUUUUCACACUGAGUCGGAGUCUGGUAGUAGUUCUAUUGAUUUGGAUUGGUCAUACAACUACCAAUGGAGUCAUACCACCGGAAAGGAUUUGCCAUGGGGGUUCGUUGUGGCGACCCUAGGUAACAACACUACUUAUUUGUUGGAACGAUCAGGUAAAGACACUUGUAAUAUUCCUGGGGGGUCCGUAGGACAGGUAUGGUACAGGCAACAUUUACUAUGGGCAGACUAUCAGAAACAGGAUUGUACAAUGAGCAAAAUGAGUGGAACCACAUGUAGUCCAUGGAGCUCCUAUAUUAGGGUGAACGCACCAUUGAAAGAUGAUGAUUCCAAUGGUUAUCUUGUAAGAUGCAAUACGGGCAAACAGAAUGUUCAAUGUUGA